AAAGUAAAAACAAGUUAAUUAAAACACGGUGAUUAAAACAACUAAACAAGAGUUCAAUUAUGUCCUCAUCUAUAAAUGGUAAGUGCUGUUCAUGACGAUACAUUUGUGUGACGUGACGUUGCGUAUUUGACUCAUAUGACUCAUAUAUACCGCCAUAUACGCUGUACUGAGGGUUCAAAUUAUGACAAAUAUGUCUUAAUUUGAGCGCUUUUUGACAAAUAUUAAUUAAGACAUACAUGUAACCUAAUUUUGGGAAGAGAUCAUGCUGAAAGCUGGGAAAAGUUGUUUAUGACCUUAACCUAGUCCAGGUGCAGAUACCUCAGCUAGCAGAGGAGGUUGUACCAUGGCUGGAUUUUGUGGGGAGGUGCGCACCUGUGCUCAAAACAAAGCUUUAAUGGUGAAAUUUGUAAUAAAUAAUAGUUUUUAAUCAGUGUCACUCAAAACAUUUUAGCUUCUUUCCUUCCUAUCCAACUGGGAUUAGAUAAUUUGCUGACUACCUGACGACUGGGGGUGUUCCAACACCCCCACCCAUCCACCACCCACCUGUUUAGCACCACCCUUGACUGUUCUGAGUCUUCUGACUUUUAUAAGAUGGAAUGUCGAGAAUGUGAGAGGAUAUGAGAAAGCAGGCAGAUGCUGCUUUUUCAACAAUGUUGACUUUUUACUAAUGAUUAAAAGGGCCCAGUUCAUCUGAGAAUCUUGUUUCACUGCUGGGGCAAACAAAGGGCCUACUGGGGUAAAUGCCCCAGUAGUUAUAUAGUUAAAAAAUGCCCUGGAAUUAAUACACUGAUACAUGUAUGUAAUACUACAUGUAUGCAUGUAUACGUCAGGUCGUUGACUUUGCCCCCUUCUAUUAAAUCCUAACUUUCCAGACUUUCCAUAUAUGGCAUGGACCAUGGGGGUCGUGAGCUAGACUGCUGCACCUCCCCUAAAUUUUUUCCACCUCCCCUAAAUUUUUUCCACCUCCCCUAAAUUUUUUCCACCUCCCCUAAAUUUUUUCCACCUCCCCCACUAUUUCCAACAAAAUCCGGCCUUGGGUUGGACCUUGACCUAGCAUGACAUAGAUAAUUUUAUCACUACUCCAAGGCCCUAGCAAGUUGAUUGUUGACCACUGAGUGUGAAUCAAACCCACAACCAUUUAUCAUUAGUUUGCAAGCCCAUUUAUGAGGUCAAGUCAAUUCAAAUUAUUAAGUGAUAUUUUGGAACUCAGAUCUAGACCUAGUUCCUUCAAUAUCUUUUGUCUAUAGAGCUAGGGUUACAAUUUUUUUCUCACACAGGCAAAACAACAGAUCAAAUUUAAUGGCAAUGAUUUUCUUGUCUGGUAGUGCAAAGCCAGAAUUUUCCUAAUCGAGGCUGAAUUAAUGAUUUCUACACGUACAACAUUUAGGGACUGGUUAUUAAUUACAGGGGAAGGGGGGGGGGGCUGGUGGAAAUGAAAAAUUAGAUCCCAAAAUUUUGCUGCCCCCUGAGGAUAACACAAUUAUAUUUGACCCCACCCCCACACACACACACACACACACACACACACACACACACACACACACACACACACAUGCAAAUAACAAAAGGGCACAUUUGUAAUUUAAAGUUCUUACAAAGUGAAUUAAGCCACAAUUAAUCAUACUGCCCUAUCAUAGUUGCCAACAUUGGGAAAAAAUAUCCAUGAGAUUUUGCUGGGGGGCCCACAAGGCGCCACCAUAGUUGGCGCCGAGCGGAACAAUUUGAAAAUAUGGAGUCUCUAGAUCGUUGGAAUUGGCAUUUUUAUCUGUAGGUUUUAUGGUACAACAGGGUAAUGCGGGGCAGGUAUUUAUAUUGCACAAAAUUUUUUGGCCCCCCUUUUUUCAUGCACAAAAAUACCUGACCCCCUCUUUUUCCACCAGCCCCCUCCCCUGUAAUUAAUGACCGGUCCCUUAGUGCUCUUAAUUUAAUUAGACACAAGAUUAAAAGAUUGAUCACUGUGAAGUGUGGUCUGAUCAAUAGAAACAAAAAUACUAUGCUGUACCUAAAUACAGUAUCCUAUUAUGCAUCUAGAUUGUAUGAAUUUGUAACGUUUUAAAUAGCAAUAUGAACUGAUUUCUCCAUAUAUCAAUAUUAUUGUGUAAACUUGCAGACAUAUCUUUUGCUAUAUUUUGGACUAUAGUCCACGAGACUGGAUUAACCACCCCAAAUAUAAUUUUCACUAGCUUGUCACUUGUCAAGUAAAGCAAUUUUCAUUGGCUGCCUGACUGGAUGCAAUCACUUAUUGUAACGAAAGUUAAGUCAUUUUCGAUCACUGCACAUGUGAUUUCUUCUUUUGCGCCCACAACACAAUCAUGCAAAUUUGACCUGUUGCAUUGCCGACGUGAGAAAAAAAUUGCAUGUGUAUAACCUAGCCUUAAUGAUUGUGGGCAUAGGCGUCGAAAGAUCGAUAAGUGAGGGGGACCAUAUUCAUAUAUUCGUGUUCUGCAUUAUUAAUUUCUUUUGAAAUCGAUUGUUUUUAAAGGUGAUCUACAGUCCGAUCUGCGCAUGUGCACAAAUGAGCCCACUUUUUAUGAUACAAACAGUUUAACUAUGUUUUGAGUUCUUGAAAAGCCUGAUUGUUGUUUCUUGAUCAUUUAUUAUACUCUAGAAGCUUGGAAAUAUAAAUAGUUGUCGAAUAAAGCUCAAUAUUUUGAACACAAAAAUGUAAACAAAGGCUUUGUUUACAUACAGACUGUAGAUCACCUUUAAGGUCUGUGAACACGAAUAUAUGGUCCCGCCCCCCACUUAUCGAAAACACAAAGAGUGCAAUGGAAUAAAACGUAUAGAACAAUUGCACUCGCAAGAGUGCAAUGGAACGUAUUCCAUUGCACUCUUGGGAAAUGGAAUUUUCUAUUCAAUAUCACGUGACCAUAAACAGCCAAUUAAACGAUCAGAAUUCAAUAAGGUAUUAUAUAAAACUCACUUAGUCACAAAGGUUCCUUGGCAUAAUCCUAUAUGAAAAUUUGUAAUUUCAGUGGUCUUUAGACUUUAGAAUGCUAUUUAGUGCAUUUCAAGCUAUUAAAUUAAAAUUUUAAGGUUGUUGAUGCACUGUGCUCUUGGAAGAUUUGCUUCUUAGCCCCUCCCCUAAAGCACACAUUAAGAGGUCCUCUUAAUCUGUGCCUAACGCCUAUACAUGUACAAUUCUUGUGUAAACCAUCUCUCAUUCCAACCUGAAGACUGCAUGCAUAUACAUCCACCAGCAAGUUUUUUUUUUAAAUUUUCGUGAUUUUAUUGAGUAUUCUACAAAUCUACUAUUAAAAGUCUAAACACGAUAUGACAAACACUCACAAGAACAAAAUAAUAACUGACAAACAGAACCUCAACUAUAUAACAACAUAACUCAUAAGCACAAUUUGUAGAAGACCCAAUUAAACGGCUAAAUUAAAGCACGAACGAUCGAGACACAAAGGCCCAUGCAAGGUUGUCAAGGUACAACAUAUAACAGUACAGUAUUUAAAAUAAAAUUAGAAUUUGUGGCAAGAGCAGUCAGGCACCAAUGUCCACGUGCAUGACAUUUCUAUGUCAAAUUUUGCCUUUAAAAGAGGAGAGGCUGGCGAAGCUGGUUGGAGGAAGUAUUCUACAGGCGUAGUUCCAUAAUUUAACAAUGCGGUUGAAAUAGGAUGCUUGGAAAGUACUUGAUUUGCAGUAUGAAGUUUUGAGAGUGAGCGUAGGAUUUUGGCUGAGCCUUUAUUGUCCGACCAUUGUUCACAAACGAAACGAAGGUACGCACAUCGAGAUCGAUAUUUCCAUAAAGUGCCUUUCAGAAGAACACCAAAUCUGGUAUUUCUCUUUCAUAACACAGGGGAAGUAAGUUGUGGGUUGUUAAUCGCUGUUUAUAGGUAAUCUCUCCUCGCUUCGAUUUCAGUACCAAGCAGUAGCUUUUCUCUGGACACUUUCCACCUUAGAUAUUAGUUUGGUGGUAGUCAGUGGAGACCAGCCCUCAGUAGCAUAGCUUAGCUGAGACCUAACAAGCGUCAAGUACUGCGUCCGCCUCACAGUUGUCAGUGUUAGUCAAGAGGAGACAAGUUCUUUUCAGAAGUCCAAGCAUCUUGUUCUCUUUUGCAAUAUCCUACAAAACGAGACUCGCUAUUCUAAAGAUGCUACCCUUCUGCUACUGGUACUUAACGAAUAUCUUGACAUUCGAAUCACUUCCUAGUUUAAAUGCACAAAUGGCUUGAUUAAAACUGAUCAUAUCCUGUCUGAACAAGUUGACAGUCGUAAUUCAACCAUAAAUCUACGCUCAACUAACUCUCUUAUCACUGACAUACAACAUUCCUAAAGUUAGAUCUAGAUCGAACACUAUGCCACCAAAACACCUAUAUAUGCAUGAUAUGUGUUUCGCGAGUAUGAAUCCCUGAUGAGCUGCGGGAACCGGACAUAUCAUUUCCGAGCUUCAAAACACUGACCAUGUUUGACGGUUGACCAGGAGUCAGGACAGUCCGCAGGCAUGGAAAUCAGUUUGUCUGAUGUGCCAUAAAACAGCUUACAAACAUAAAGAAACAAACAUAAGACAGCUUACAAACUUAAAGAAAUGUUGCUUUUAGCACAGACUAUUGUUAAUAUGCAAUUAGCUUUUCUCACGCCGCCAUUUUUGGGUGGCAACCUUUUUAGAACAGGGAUAGUAAGCAUGCAGUGAAAAUUAAUUUUUUAUAACUUUAUCGUUGUAAGUAUAAUCAUUAUAAAUCGAUUUACAGUUAAAUAUUUGAAAAAUUAUUUUCACAUCGCUUAGAUUUUUGACGUUGUUUAUAAAAUAGUGCCCAAAAAUGGCGGAUUUUGACCUUUGUGAGAAAAGCUAAUUGUAAUAUAAUUACUUUAUCUCAUGAAGAGCGCAGUUUCAGAUUAGUUCUACCUAGUACUCUAUAUAUUCUCACAUAUCAUAAUCAUUAUUAAGUAUUUAAACUUUGGUACGAAGUACGAACCCAAGUGCGCUCGCCACUUCAGAUAAGAUGGACUGUGUUGCAAUCUUGAUUCAUGUUUCUACUGUGUUUUAUCGUGUUUUGUAUUUGUUCUUCAACACGUCACUAACGUAAUUGGCUCAUGCUGCGUUAGUGUUCCUGAGCCGAGGUUCGACUGUGAUUACAAGUAUUUACAACUACAAUGUUACUCUCUUCAAAUGUUAUUAAUUACAGAAUACUGACACUGUACACUUUGUAAGGUUUUAUUUCAUUAAACAUUAAGUGAAGAAAGCACCUUUAAAAUUAUGUUAAUGAUUGUGAAAUAUGUGUUCUUCUGUAGAACACGAGAGUAAUGAAAAUGAUUCAUACCCAAUUCAUGAGGCUGUUUUGGAAGGAGAUUGCGACAAGAUUCUGUCAUUACUUGAAGAGGGAUAUAAUAUUCAUUAUGUGAAUGACAGCUACGAGACACCAGUUCACGUGGCUGUUUUCAACAAGCAAUAUGAGGUGCUGAAGUUACUGUUAAGUAAUGAUGGACAACCAGUUAUUGAAGGAUACUCCAACCCACUACUAUACGCCACCUCUGAAGCUGAUCAGGAAUGCAUUGAGGUAAGUUAUUUUUAAAUAUUCCGGACAGUUCGUUUUGCGCAUGCGUAUUCACUAUGUUUUUGCAAAGCCUGAUUGUGUUAUGCUACCUUGAUUAUUUAUUUUUACUGUGGAGGCUGGAAGAUGUGGAGGCAGGCUAUUAUGCGCAAACAAAGUGCGUCGCAUCUUUAACAUCUUACUUUCUAUAAUAUUUUAUGACGUUCGAAUUUAAUCAUUAUCACCAUUAUCAUCAUCACCACCAUGCACCAUCAUCACCACCAUCAUGUACUUUACAACAUACCAUGAAGCCCAUAUCCGAGGCGUUUCUGUGACCAAGGUGAAAAUAUGCAGAGUUUUAAUAUCCAGAUUGUCUAAUUGAAUUAUUGAUCCCAAAAUGAAACAGUUUUCUCUUGGCAAAUUUAAUUGCUGCACCCAACGUUCAACAGAGUAAUAUGACCAAGUAGUAAGGCUGAUUAGGGAGCAUUGUGGUCAAAUGGGUUAACUAACAAAAACAAUUCAGUUUAAACAGAUAGUCUGGUUAACCUAUAGUGAUGCCCAUGAGCCAGUUGUACAACGGCAGGAUAUAUAUCCACCACAAAGUGAUUUUUGCAACCUUUGUGAAAAUGCCUGAACUACGAAUAAUGAACUUUAACCAUGGCUAUACAAAACGGCCAGUUUUGGAAAAUUUGAUAACGGCACUACGAUAUGCCCUUCAUAUGGAUAUCACUAUCUGGCCUUCAUACAACCAGCCCUAUAUAACACUUCCUUUCUGAUAAGUAAAUCAUCUAACCUUAAAUAGAGUAAACUUAUUAUUGGGCUCAUUGUGGCCAAAUGGAAUUAUAUAAUAGACGUUUCCCAAGAUAGCUUCACAACUUCGUCUCAGGCCACUUUUAGCGUAGUUUUGGUCAGUUCAUUAUCCGAAUUGGGUUGUUAUUAGACUAAUUUCUAAAAUCUACGCGAUAUAUUUUCACUAAUUUCAAUACCUACUGUUUAUUGUUAACCUUGUAUGAUAUAUAUAACCUUUCUUUCCAUGUAUCUCAAUUUUCGAUGAUGUUUAAAACCCCGGUCAAUGAGGAUGAGAGUUGGCAGUCACGCAUUGUUACGGGAGAUAUUUCAAGCUCUAUAGAUCUAGACUAGCAAAAUAAAGGUUUGAUAAGUAUUUUAACUAUGUUUUGAAGCACAUGAUAGUUUUGGGAUAGCAUUACUAUGCAAUUGCAUUUUGAGCACGAUAUGACUAUUUUUUGUUACAGCGAAAAAGACGUGUUCUAAAACGUCUAACUACACGCGUAAAAAUUGAGGAAAUCGACAACUUGUUCCAGGUUGAUAUCAACAGGCGUGAACAAGGUUGUGCGGCCCACUAUGAACAGUAUUGACUAUUGUCAACAUGUUGUUACAGCAUUGUUCAACUGUAACAACUUGGAACAACAUGGUUGACAACUUGUUCAUACAGUAGUUGGCCGCACAACAUUGUUCACGCCUGUCGAUAUCAACUUGGAACAACCUGUGCGUUUUUAGCCGUGUAGUAUUGUAUUCUGACGCAAUUCGGAAAAAACUACGUGUACUUAAUUAAACCAUGCGAAAAAGGCCUGGAAUCAGAUUGUGAAGUUUUCUAUCCAUUUCAACAGAUUCUGCUUGACUAUGAAUCUGACCCCAGUUAUCAAGACGAGUUAUUUGAAAAUCUCUGGACACCUCUACAUGAAGCCUGUCACAAGGGUCUAACAUCAAUACUGGAAAAAUUUCUUGAAACAACUUGUGAUUUGGAUGUAAGAAAUGAAGAGGGUGCAACCCCAGUGUAUAUAUCAUGUCAAUAUGGUGAGAAGAAUUGUUUGCAACUGUUGCUAAACCAUGGUGCCGAUGCAGAGAUUGCGGUUGAUAGUUUGGACACACCACUAGAUAUCGCAUGUCAAGAAGGGUAUUAUGAUUGUGUCGCAAUCCUGCUGAACCAGGGUAGGUAUAAACCUGUGUUCUAUUUAUUCAGCUGUUGCAAAACUUAAUUGCUUAUAAUGAAAGAAGCUGGGUUAUCCCUCUACCGAAUAACGGUUCGUUUCAAGUUGUCUCCAAAUGUCAUCAGCAUAAAUAUACGAACAUAUAAGAUGUAUUAUGAAUACGUUUUGUGACUGCCUUCCUUAAAGCAAAUCACACAAAUGUAACAUAUAGCUUUAGAGAGCUUUUAAUUUUGAUGAAACGUGGACACUAAGUCGUGCGUGGACAUACUGUAACUGAGCCGAUAAAUAUAUGGCAACAAUCGUUCUUGUGACGUCUGUGUUGUCAAAACGUCGACUGCUCAAAACCUGUUUUCCACUUCAUCCUCGGCGUACUGACACGUAUAGCUAUAUUUCUUAGUUUCCUGAAUAUUAAAGCCAAGUAUAAUGACUUGGACAUGCACAAAGCCAAAGGAAAAACUAUGAUGUAUGUUGCGAUAUGGCUGAAGUGGACAAUAGGCUGCAAUAUCCCUACCGCGGGUAGAUUAUUCGGUAGUUGAGGUAAAUAUCAAGAUUUUGCUGGUAUUUCACUUGAUUGAAUAAUCGUUGAAGGGUAUUGUAGAUGCAUGGAUAUUAUCGAGUGGAAAUUUGUAUAUAUUUAUUAGACCUAACCUGGAACAGCUGUGAAAAUGCAACUUUAGGUUCCUGGCUGGAAUCGAACCUGCAUCUACAAUAUCCUUCAACUAUUCGGUAGUUGAGCCUUUAAUUAAGCAACUCUCUCGUUUUGGCUUACCAUGCACCGUAUUGGUAGUUUCAGUGAAGUGCUUUGCAUGUAUAUGGCAAUAGACAUGGAUAGGUGGACAACUUCGAACGUAUUGACAAAGCGAGCUAAUGUUGCAAUACAUGUUUCCUUCGCUUGUUUAGUUAUAAAUACAUAUUAUUUUAGCAAUCGAUUAUUCUUAACAAUAAUCGAAUCAACCAAAACAAUCGUGUGUGGCAAUGAUACCUGGAUAACUUUCUUUUCUGAUUGAAAAAAUUGCAAAGAGAUGGUAUUGUCGAUGUGAUCAAAUGACAAACGCUUUCUCUGCUGGCAUUUGUGCUCUCGUUGCUGUCAAAUAAUACGUCCCUUCCUUUGAAGUGCCAUGCAUACAAUUAAGCUUUGAAAAUAGUUUGCAACAGGCCGCACAACAGUCGUGAUAUUAAUGAAAGUGUCAUCGGUAUAUAUUAUAAAAGGACAAUUAUUUUAUUUAUAAAAUAUUCAAGACCUGGGCUCUAUAUACAGUACAUACAACUGGCCCCUGAUUACAUACCUUUCCCAUUAGGUGUUAACAUUGAUACAAAGAGAUCAGCAUUGGCUGCAGCUUGCUAUGAUGAUCAAUAUGAAUGUGCAAAGUUACUUAUUGAAAAUAAUGUAUCACUUCAUUCACUUGAUACACGCCCACCUAUCUACUUCGCUGCACGCCACUCUGGUGUGUUGUGUCUUGGUUUAUUGAUUGAAAGUGGUGUGGAUGUGAACAGUGUUUGUAUGGGAUUUACACCGUUAUAUGAGGCAGUUUCUGCGCAGAACCUACCUGGAUGCAAGAUGUUGCUUUCAAGAGGUAAUGCAUUUGAAACUUUUGCACUUUUUCAGUUUUUUGUUUUGUAGAAAAUUCCAGGUUAACUUUUUCGCGAAACGUUCCAUUCGUAAGCCCAAAUUUUCAUCAGUGAACGAAUGAAGAUCUGGGUAUACAAAUCUGUAUUCUAAAAGCUCACUCACACUUGCACUCAAAGGGUAGAGGUUCAAUCUGAGCGUCCUAUGACUGCAUGUCAGUGUUGUUUUUGAAUAGCUGGAGAGUGAGUAGUCACAUGGUAAGGUACGACACUAACCCUCCAGCUAUUCAAAAACAGCACAGACACUCAAGGGAAGCUCAGACUGAACCUCCACUCUUUGAGUGUGAGUGAGCUUUUAGAAUACAGGCGUAAGUCUUUGCCACCAAAAGAUGAUUACGUACUGCAAUGCAAACAGAUUAAAACUGAAGAAUGUACUGAUAAACCUGUGACUUGUGUGCAUUUUAUUUUACGAAUAGGACGGUAAAGUUAAGGUUAAGUCUAAGGAGUGCAUGCUGGUGUGUGCGAGUUAGAGUUGUGUAUUUAUUACUGAUGUAGCCUGAAUAAAUAUGGAUUUUUUGAAGAUUUCCUAAAGUUGAUUUUCACUAAUUGUAGUAUCCAUAUCGGUCGGUUCCAUAGUUUUAUAGGUUUUCAAGCAUUUUUAUAACAGUCGAAAAAAGAACUAUCCGGUGGACAGCGCUAUCCGGGCCAUCCGGCCUUCGUUAUAGGCGGUGAAACGCGCUCAAGGUCUGCGAACAGUCUAUAACAUGUAAAUUGGAGUUCAUUUCUUGUAUAUAUAUUUUAUAUAUAUAUAUACAGGAAACGAAUUUCUGUUAUAGACUGCAUGGGCUUAUUGCGCGCUGACGGACAUGUGAUGCAGCAGAAGACUGGCAUGAGCGUGCUUUCUCUCGGACAAGGAGCAAUUUCGUACCUAGAGUAUGCCCGUUCGCUGGGCAUGCCCAGCACCUAACCUGCGAACGGGCAUACUCUGGGUACGAGAUUGGGACAAGGAGUGGAAUUUUGCACACUGCCGUUUUUUUCUUUAAAUAAGAAAUUUUCAUCCGCUUUUUACACGGUAUCGACGAGGUGGUAACUGGUGUAUGCAUGGUAUGAAUGCUUGUUUGGCCCAUAAAUUUGAACUUUAAAAGAAAUAUAGAUAAUGAGUCGUUCUUUUUAUGACUAGCUGGUUAAGAUUAUAAUUGUAUGUUUAUAUCUCCACAAUUUAAAAAAAUCGGAGUUGAGUAUUUUUUGUACAAGUAUCGAAAAAUAGGUAAUUUUAUAAGGGUUAAAUUUUGCCUGGUCAGACCAUAAUUUCCGCUGCAAAGUAAGUAAAUAAAAAUUGUAUUUUAGCUUUGCUACUGUUCUUUUGUCAUUAGACAUUAUCGCCCGUAUUCUAAAAGCUCACUCACAUGUGCACUCGCACUCAAUGAGUGGAAGUUCACUGAAUCUGAGGAUUCUGAGCUUCUCUCGAGUGUAAUUGCUGUUUUUGAAUAGCUGGAGGGCUAGUGUCAUACCUUACUAUGUGACGGUACUCAUCCUCCAGCUAUUCAAAAACAGCAUUGACACUCAAGAGAAGCUCAGCUUGAACCUCCACUCAUUGAGUUGAGUGAGCUUUUAGAAUACGGGCGUAUAUGUCGCUAACUUUAUGAGUUUUUCCACAACAUUUUGAUGUUGAGGUAACUUUGAACUGUCAAUACAUUUUGCACUUUGCCAAUAUGAUCUUACUACUCCGCCAAGCGCAAUAGCUGCAAAAUUACGAUCCAUGCAUCCUAAAAAUUUUAAUGAUAAAUUAGCCAAGACGACUUCUUGUUAGAAUUCGUCGAGGAAACUCAAAUUGGAGUUGAGUAUUUUUAUAUUCUUUUGAAAAGAUCAGCUAUACCAGCUAAAAUUCAAUGUGAGUUGUAUUCUACCAUAUGAUUCGACCGAACGGUUCGUUUAAAUUAUCGUAUGACAUCGGAAUUUUAUCCUCGCGAUACCCAUUUAUUCAUUGAAACUUAAAGACUCCUCAGUUGUAUUUACUUUUCCCGCCAAAUAUAGGUGAAAUUACCCUGACUGGUUAAUGAGGUAGAUUAAAUGCAGUUGAUUGGUUAACGGUAUAGCGGUAGCGCCAAGUGAUGUCAAGUCUGAACCUCUCUAAUGUUUUUGUGUCCAUGUAUUACUGUUUUUGUUUAUGUAAACGACAGUAUAUAUAUGCAUUUUUUUCUUGAAGGAGCUGACCCAAGCUGUAUAUGCGAGUAUAAUAUGCUGCGUAAAACUCCCCUGAUGGUUGCUGCAAGCAAUAACAACGUGGAGAUUGUUAAAGAACUUGUUUCACAUGGUGCUGAUGUUAACCAAGCGACGUUUACAUCACCUCUUUUGUUGGCUGCAAAAUUCAAAUGUUGUGAAGCGUUGGAGCAACUCUUGAGCUAUAAUCCUGAUAUCAACUAUGUAGACGAAGGAGGGAAUUCGGCGUUAUCCACACUAUGUACCGUUCUUGUUAUAAAUUAUUCUACUGAUGAAUAUGACUACCUAUUACAAUUUUGCAGGAAGAUUUUGAUUUCUGGUGGAGAUAUGACACAUCUCGCAAAGGUGAGCACAAUAUCACCGAUAAUGCAGGAUACCGUAUUUGUUCGUAUGUGUCCCGAUCUUGUUCGACUUCUAUUAGAGUUCGCAACCUGUCGUGAACAUAUACAGUUUUUAUCCACUAUUUGUGAAAUGUGUACUGAAGAAGGAUUAGAGGAUUGGGAACAACUGUAUGACUUGAUCUGGCACCCGAGAAAAUUAACUCACUUGUGUCGGAUUAAGAUAAGAUGUGUUCUGGGUGAAAAAGGACUGGAAGGCAUUGAAGAACUCCCUUUACCUGCUACAUUAAAGGGUUAUCUUCGACAUAGCGAGGGAAUAGCUUUUGAGUGGAGCUAA